AUGGCCUUUCUCCUUCACCUUACCAAAGUUCCGAGGAAGUCGAAACCCCACUCCUGCAAACCAAUAUGUGAACCGCCGGAAGGGUGUAGGUCUCGCCGAUCCGGCAUCAGUAUCGAUAAAAUAUUAUUUAUAAAAAAUUUUUUAAUUGCAGGAAAAAGGAACCAAAAGAAAUUUUCGUGUGAACACUGUAAGAAGAACUUUACAACUAAACAAAGUUUGCAAAUUCAUGAAAGAAUCCAUACGGGAGAAAAGCCUUACACUUGUGAUGAGUGUAAACAGAAGUUUACACAAAAGGCACACUUAAUUACACACCUCCGAAAACACACUGGAGAAAAGCCUUACUGUUGUGAUGAGUGUAAACAGAAGUUCACAACUAAACAAAAUAUGGAAAAUCAUAAAAAAAUUCAUACAGGAGAAAAGCCCUACAGUUGUGAUGAGUGUGAACAGAGCUUUACAACUAAACAAAGUUUGCAAACUCAUGAAAGAAUCCAUACGGUAGAAAAGCCUUACACUUGUGACGAGUGUAAACAGAAAUUUACACAAAGUUCCAAUUUAAUUAGACACCUCCAAAUUCAUACAGGAGAAAAGCCUUACACUUGUGACGAGUGUAAACAGAAAUUUACACAAAGGUCUAAUUUAAUUACACACCUCCGAAUUCAUACAGGAGAAAAGCCUUACUCUUGUGAUGUGUGUAAACAGAAGUUCACACAAAAGGCAAAUUUAAUUAGACAUCUUUCGAUCCACAAUAAACAAAAGUAACAUUUAACGUUAAUUAUGACCAGCGAAAUUCGUUUCAAACCACGAUCCAAAAUUACAUUAUAAUAUUCUUACUUAGAAAUUUUGAAAGAAUAUUAUUUUUAAUUUCUAUUGAUGUAGAAUGAUCGAAAGACGUAAGCAAAACUGGUUUUAAAUGAAAAUUUGUUUUUCUAAUUUCUAAGAAGU